CAAAAGCGAAAAGCAGUUUUCCUGUCUUUCCCGUGAGAUGCAGUUGCUUGGCAGCAGGCUCUUUUCAAAUCGGUUGCCAAUGAAGUAUACUUCUGUAUUUAUUUAGAUUUAUCCCGUCGUGUUCAACUACAGAUAAUGCCAGCACGACGUAGUGAAAGGAUUGCGGCCCGUGGAGAAGCGACUGCAGCCGCAGGAAACGCAUCCAAUAUGCGGCUGGUGGUGCGACUUCGUCGUGUCAGCGAUUCCAGUGCCCAGUUGGAAGGACCUCGAGGUGGUCGGGUGCCCACUAGGGGCAGGGGCAGGCGAACCACUCACCUGGCAGCAGGUCACUCUACAGCGAUUGUGCCAGCAGCACGAGUAAGUGAGAGAAUCGCGACACGUGUGCAGCAAGCUAGAGCGACGCGUCCAGUUGCUGAGCCCACCGUAGGAUCUACUGCCCAGGAAGCAAGCUCCUCCCAGUCUGGCAGAUCUCGAGGAGCGACUAGGGGAUCCAGGGGAGCUACGGGUCGUCAACGCCGUGACCGCAGAACGCACUCAACUGUAGCAGCUGGUCCUUUGAAUCCAGGUGUGGCGGCCACUGUGGUGCCUCCUGUUCCACUCGUCCGCCCAAACAUGCCUUUACCCACUUCGGCUGCUUAUGUGCCAAUCGCAGCCAGUGCUGACUUCGAGCGGUUGCAACAUCAUUCUCUGGUGCAAAGCCUGUUUCGCUUCGAAUCCGGAAUACCCACCCAGGGUGAUCCGCUCACCAUCACAAGGCUGCGUCGCGAGAUCUCCGAGUUCGCAACCGAUCAAACGGAAGGCUGCAAGGUGGAGAUGGUGGGCGAGAAUCUGUUCCACUGGGUGGCCACGAUCCCCGGUCCCUCGGAAACGGUUUAUGAAGGUGGCCUUUUCAGAGUGGAGAUAGUCUUCCCACGAAACUAUCCAUUCCAACCGCCCUAUGUGGCGUUCCUAACCAAGACAUACCAUUGCAACAUCGCUUUCUCCGGGCGCCUUUGUCUGGAUAUUCUCAGCUCCAAGUGGUCGCCAGCUCUGUCGGUUUCCAAGGUGCUCAUCUCCAUCAUGUCCUUGCUGGCGGACCCGAACCCAGACGAUCCUAUGGAGGUGGGAAUCGCAGAUGUAUUCAGGCGAAACCGCGUGCUCCACGACCAGCAUGCCCGCGAGUGGACCAAAAGGUAUGCCAAAUAGUGGAGGAAGCAAUCGAAUGCAAUUGGUUUUUCAAAUAAAUUUAUUGGAUGUUUUUGUGCCAGCA